AUGUGCACCUUCCCGCGCUUGUAUUGGGCUAGUUCCGUCACAGCGUGCCGUGUUACGCGGCGCACGUUCCACGAGGCCAUGCUAAUUAUCGAACUCACGAAAUCGAAAGUACGGUCUAUGUGGAGCGAAUCGAGCUACACCUCUUCGGAAGAAGGCUGCGGUGGUGGUGAACGUCAUGCGGUGCUCAGUUACGAGCAAGUGAGGAGGCUGAAUGACGUCAUGGAUGAGGUGGUGCCCAUACACGGCAGGGGCAACUUCCCCACACUACACGUGCGGCUUCGAGAGUUGGUAGCUGGGGUGAGGGCUCGGCUGGAGACCGCGCAGAGUGAGGGCGGCGCCGGCAUCACGGUCAGGGACGUGCGUCUGAACGGAGGAGCGGCGAGCAACGUGCUAGCCGACCGCCCGCAGCCCUACUCCGAUAUAGACCUCAUAUUCACAGCGGACCUGCCCACCGCGCGGCACUGUGACCGCGUCAAGGCAGCCGUCCUCAGUCAUCUAUCCACAUUAAUGCCGGCAGCUACUCCUCGCCGGCGAGCCUCCCCCGCCGGCCUAAAAGAAGCCUACGUCUCCAAGAUGGUCCGCGUUAAUUCAGACGGCGAUCGUUGGUCCCUCAUCUCUCUCGGCAACUCCCGCGGACACAAGUCAGUGGAGCUCAAGUUCGUGGACACGAUGCGCAGGCAGUUCGAAUUCUCUGUGGAUUCGUUCCAAAUAGCUCUGGAUUCACUUCUCGCGUUCCACGAGUGCGCCCAGCUGCCCAUCGGAGAGAACUUCUACCCGACCGUGGUCGGCGAGUCCGUGUACGGAGACUACUCCGAGGCGCUCCUUCACUUAUCGGAGAAAUUAAUAGCGACGCGACAACCCGAGGAGAUCCGCGGCGGUGGUCUAUUGAAGUACUGCGCUCUGUUGGCCAAAGGCUACCGGCCGGCCAGACCCGACAAGAUCAAGAUCCUCGAGCGGUACAUGUGCUCCAGAUUCUUCAUAGACUUUCCCGAGCUCGGACAACAGCGGGCCAAGCUGGAAGCGUACUUACGGAACCACUUCGUGGGGCGUGACGAGGAGGCUUUAAAGCACAGGUACCUCACUCUGCUGCACGGCGUGGUGAGGGAGUCCACGGUGUGUCUGAUGGGCCACGAGCGGCGUCAGACGUUGGCCCUCAUCGAGGCGCUGGCGUGUCGCGAGCUGUGUGCCCGCGCGCCGCUGCUUAUGCCGGUGCCGGUGCCGGUGCCGCCGGCCGGGUACUACGUGUGCGUGUGUGCCGCUUGUGCCGCGUGUGCCGCUUGUGCCGCGUGCGCCGCUUGUGCCGCAUGCGACUGCUGCCGCCCCGCCCUCUGCCCGGCGUGA